AUCCUGCCAAGAGUGUUAAUUUAGUAACUGAAGGUCCCCUCAGUGCAUUUCUAUCUGUUACUGAUGGACCACUGUCUGCUAUGGAACCAGAGAUAUCAACACCUGGUGCAGCAUUUUCAAUUCUUAAUUGAAUUUAAAUGGGAAUUUCUUUCAUGCCCUGUAAUGGAAAGAGCAGAUCUGGACUCCAGCAUUGUGUUCACCUCAGCAGCCCACUUUAGCACUGGAAACAAACCUUCAGAAGGAAAAAUGGAUCGCUUGUCUUGGUCAUCAGAAACUAACAGCUUUCGACGUUUCACCCCUGAGUCUUUGGCUGCAAUUGAGCAAAGAAUUGCUGAGAAAAAAAAGCAGCCAGACAAAGAAAAAGAGAAGAAUAAGGACCAAGGAGUUGAAGAAGAACAACUUACUCCCCAGCUUGAUCUGCAAAUCUGCAAAAAGCUGCCAUCCCUUUAUGGGGACAUUCCAUCAGAGCUCAUUGGGGAGCCCCUGGAGGAUUUUGAUCCGUACUACAGUGACCACAAGACUUUUAUGGUGCUAAAUAAAAAGAGGACUAUUUUCCGGUUUACUGCCACACCUGCCUUGUGUAUAUUUGGUCCUUUUAAUCCAGUCAGAAAAGCAGCAAUUAAAAUUCUGACCGAUUCAUAUCCUUUCACUGGUUUCCCUUAUUUGAAUUUUAAAAUAUUCUGUACCAUUUUCUGUCAUUCUGUUCCUUUCUUUAAUUCAGGGACACAUCUUACGGCCAUGAUGGUUCAGAAAGUAAUAUGGUUUUUUACUGUCAUAUAUACUGCUGAAAUAUUGAUAAAAAUACUAGCAAGGGGAUUUGUUUGGAAUGAAUUUACCUUCCUUCGAGAUCCGUGGAACUGCUUGGAUCUUUCUAUUAUUAUCAUAAUGUACGUUACUAUGUUUAAAAAAAAAGUCAAUGUUUCAGCUCUUCGAACUUUCAGAGUGCUGAGGACUUUGAAAGCCAUUUCAGUAAUACCAGGUUUGAAAACCCUGGUAAAUUCAAUUAUUGAAUCUGUUAAGAAACUUGCUGAUGUGAUGAUCUUGACUGUAUUUUGCUUGAGUAUAUUUGCCCUAAUAGGCCUCCAGCUUUUUAUGGGCAAUUUAAGAUUCAAAUGUGUCCUCAAUAAUACUGUGUACAAUGACUCAUUAUGUAAGGAUCCCAAGAUCUAUGUACCAAGUGAUGAAGAUAUCUGCCACAGAAUGAAUGGCUCUUCUGACAUAUUGCUCUGUGGGUUCAGUUCAGAUCCCGAGAAAGAGUGCCCAGAAAACUAUACCUGCGAGAAGAUUGGGCAGAAUCCUGACUUUGGUUAUACAAGUUUUGAUCAUUUUGGCUGGGCCUUCCUCUCUGUAUUCCGUCUGAUGACACAGGAUUCCUGGGAGCGCCUCUACAGACAGACUAUCCGUACAUCUGGAGUGAUCUCCUUUUUUUUUUUUAUGGGAGUCAUCUUUUUCUGCUCAUUUUAUCUCUUCAAUCUGAUCUUGGCUGUAGUAACUAUGGCAUAUGAAGAGCAAAACAGAUCCAGUCUUGCUGAAACAGAGGCCAAGAAAAAACUACUUCAGGAUGCCCAACAAAUUCUAGAGAAAGAACAGGAGUUGGCUGCAGCAGAAAGCAGUAAGGCCUUGCAGGUUGGGUCUGAAAUGCCAGUUGGUGACUUGAAAAAUUCAAAAGGAAAUGAGAGUAAUGAGGAAACACUUAUUUUAAGACAAAAUGUAAUUUUAGGUGAUCAGGAGAAAGAGGAGCAAAUAUUUCAUUCACAGCCUGGUCACUGCCACAAGAAGCUUAGGCAGAUCCUGCUGUCCUAUGAUGUGUCAGUGGACUCUAUUAAUGAUCCUUACCGAAGACAGAGGUUAAUGAGUGCAGCUACUAUCCUUACAGACUUUUCAAAGUCAAAAGUGAAACGUCCUGCAUUGUGGAAACGUUUUGCUUCAAAGUGUCUAGUUUGGAAUUGUUGUCCAUUCUGGAGAGCAGUCAAAGAGAAGGUGAAAUUGGUGAUUUUGGAUCCGUUUGUUGAACUGUUUAUCAUGGUUUGCAUUGUCUUGAACACCUUAUUCAUGGCUGUGGAGCACCCUGGCAUGUUACGAGAAACCAGAAAAAUUAUUACUAUAAGUGACCAGGUCUUCACCCUGAUUUUUACACUAGAAAUGAUCUUGAAAAUCAUUGCUCUAGAUCCUUACUACUAUUUUCAGAACAAGUGGAAUGUUUUUGAUAGCUUGGUUGUUUUGAUUGGCCUAGUGAGCUUUGGAACCAAUCUGUCACCUUUCAGAGUGAUCAGGAUCUUCAAAUUGGCAAAGUCCUGGCCAGCCUUAAAUACUCUUGUGAAAAUAAUUCUAAACUCAUGUGGUGCUCUGAGUAACCUCACUCUGGUUUUGGCUAUCACUGUAUUUAUUUUCGCUGUACUAGGAAUGCAGCUUCUGGGCAGUGAUUAUGAAACAAACUUCUGUAAUAUAAGCACCACUGAGGAUUUACGCUGGCAUAUGAAGGAUUUCAGUCAUUCAGCCCUGAUUAUAUUCCGAAUAUUAUGUGGAGAAUGGAUUGAAAUGAUGUGGGAAUGUAUGGAAGUGGCUGGAAAACAGAAAUGUAUUACCAUUUUCUUGUUAGUCCUGGUGAUAGGAAACCUGGUGGUGCUUAACUUGUUCAUUGCCCUGCUGCUGAGUUCGUUCAAUACUGAUGCCUCAGAAGGAGAAGAGGAACCUGGAGAAAGGACUAAAUGUCAGAUUGCCCUUGCACAGAUUCUCAAGGGCCUGAAGUCUUUGAAAGACAGAAUUCUGAAUCCUUGUGGCAGAAAAAUGAAAGGAAGCCUCAAAAAGACAGACAAAAAGAAGACUUUGGAAGAAAUUCCUGGCAAAAACAUAGAGGAUCAUAAUUGUGUUUGUGUUCCCAUUGCAAAAGCAGAGAGUUACAGUGACAAAAGUGAUGAUGAGCACUCUGUAGUCACAGAAACAGAACACAGAAAACAGGGAGACAGAUUACGACACAGAGAACAGCGGCAGAGUUCAAGCAGCUUCAGUCAGAUUUCUGAGACUCCUGAAACUAUAAGUGUUUUCACAGUAACACAUGAAAAGCAAGAGCAAAAAGAGAAAUGUGGUGCUGCUCACAGCUUUUCUGAAGCCAGCAGUGUGGAUGCAGCUGUUGGUCUGGAGAUGUUUUUCCAGACUGAAAAAUCACACCUGCCUAAGGACUGUUUUGGAGAAAAUUGUGGUAAAUGUGUCCCAUGUUGUGUAGUGGAUAUCACUAAGUUUCCAGGCAGAAGGUGGUGGAACUUCAGGAAAACCUGCUACAGAAUUGUUAACCAUAGCGGGUUUGAAUAUUUUAUGAUUUUUGUGAUAGUAUUGAGCAGUGCAGCACUGGCAUUUGAAGAUAUUCACCUGCAAAAUAAACCAACAGUGAAAAUGAUCCUAAAUUAUGCUGAUAAAAUAUUUAGCUACAUCUUUUUGAUGGAGAUGCUUCUGAAAUGGGUAGCUUAUGGAUUGCACAGUUACUUCACAAAUUCCUGGUGUUUGCUUGACUUUGUCAUUGUAUGUCUGUCAUUUGUUUCCUGGGCACUAAAUCCUGACCCCAGAGAUGUAUCACCUUGUUCCUCUGGAAGUGGCCUGAAAUCUCUCAGGACUCUUAGAGCAUUGAGGCCUCUACGAGCUUUGUCAAGAUUUGAAGGGAUAAAGGUUGUUGUCAAUGCACUCCUCGGAGCUAUCCCCUCAAUCUUCAAUGUUUUGCUCGUCUGUGUUGUCGUUUGGCUCCUGUUUAACAUUCUAGGAGUAAAAUUGUUUGGGAAAAGAUUUUCAAAGUGCAUACUCCAGGAAGGAGAUAUCCGUGCCAUUAAUAACAGAAAUAAUUGUAUAUCCUGUGGUGGAAAUUGGACAAAUUCUCCUGUAAACUUUGAUAAUGUUGGGAUGGGAUACUUGGCUCUGCUCCAAGUGGCAACUUUUAAAGGCUGGAUGGAUAUUAUGUAUGCAGCAGUGGAUUCACGUGAGAUGAAUGAACAGCCAAAGUUUGAAGCAAGAUUAUAUAUGUACAUAUACUUUGUGGUUUUCAUUAUUUUUGGAUCUUUCUUCAUGUUGAACCUUUUUAUUGGAGUGGUUAUCAACAAUUUUAACCAACAAAGGAAAAAGAUAAGUGGAAAAGAUCUAUUUUUGACUGAGGAACAGAAAAAGUACUAUAAUGCCCUAAAAAAACUUGGAUCCAAGAAACCUCAAAAACCCAUCCCAAGACCAUCGAAUGUGUUCCUGGGAUUGCUGUUUGAUAUCGUAAUGCACAAAGCAUUUGACAUCAUCAUUGUCAUUUUCAUCUGCCUAAAUAUGUUUGUUAUGAUGGCAGAAAAUGACCAGAAAGGCACCAAGGAACUUCUUAAUAAAAUCAACUAUUUUUUUGUGGCUGUAUUUACAGCGGAAUGUGUCAUAAAAAUACUGGCCUUAAGACAGCACUACUUCAAAAGCGGCUGGAACUUAUUUGAUUUUAUUGUUGUGGUCCUUUCAAUAGUCAGUAUUGGAGUUUCUGCAGCCUUUCAAAAUUUCGUCUCUCCUACACUUUUGAGAAUUAUUCGUUUGGUGCGAAUUGGCCGAAUCCUGAGAUUGAUUCGAAAAGCGAGAGGACUUCAAACCCUUCUCUUUGCAUUACUGAUGUCUCUUCCUGCACUGGUCAACAUUGGCCUUUUGCUUUUCCUAAUUAUGUUCAUUUAUGCCGUUGUGGGCAUGGCAAACUUUGCCUGUCUUCCCUGGGAAGGUGGGAUUGAUAACAUUUUCAACUUUCAAACCUUUUCUGGUAGCAUUCUCUGUCUCUUCCAAAUUACAACAUCAGCUGGCUGGGAUGGUCUUCUGGCCCCUUUGUUAAGUGAAUCUGGUACAUGUGCUCCCAACUUAAAUUUAAAUGUGACAGGUAAAACUACUUGCACAAAUAGACCAUUUGGUAUUUUUUAUUUUGUAAGCUAUGUCAUUAUAUCAUUUCUCAUUGUUGUAAAUAUGUACAUAGCUGUCAUUUUAGAGAACUUCAAUGUUGCCACUGAAGAAAGCACAGAUCCUCUUUGUGAGGAGGACUUUGAUAUGUUUUAUGAGACCUGGGGAAAAUUUGAUCCUCUGGCAACACAGUUUAUUGACUAUUCUGCUCUUUCAGACUUUGCAGAUGCUCUGGCAGAACCCUUGCGCAUUCCAAAGCCCAAUAACAUCCAGCUCAUAUCCAUGGACCUCCCUCUAGUGAGUGGAGAUAAGAUCCACUGCUUGGAUAUCUUGCUUGCUUUCAGUAAACGAGUCUUGGGAGAAUGUGGAGAUUUUGAUACACUUAAAUUACUCAUUGAAGAAAAAUUUGUGGCUGCCAAUCCAUCUAAAAGAUCUCACAGGCCAAUUUCUUCUACAUUUAAGAGAAAACAAGAGGAGGUAUCAGCAGUUAUUAUCCAAAGGGCCUUCAGGAGGUAUUUGAUACAGCGUUCUUUCAAAAAUACAUCUUUCUUAAGCCAUCACAGACAGACCAGUGCUGUCUUUGGAGAAGAAAUGCUCUAG